UAAAUUCUCAAUAUUAGCCCACUCGGUCAGCUGUCACCGUCCGCCGCGGCCCAGACCGAGGCCGCGGGAGGGGGCGGAUGUCAACAAAGGAGUCGAGGCCGCGGCGUGAGGAUGACAGUUGAUAUAGACUAUGACGAAAACAGCCACAAGACGGUGGCGGAGCAGGAGCUGAGGCGCUACAACCACAUCGUUGAGCAGCAUGGCGACCAGCUGGAGGAGAUCAUCGAGGCGCUGGGCCCCCACCCCGCCCCGCCCUGGGACCCCAAGUUUGACCCCAUCACCCUCCAGAUGGCGCCGUUCGAACACGUGUCGAUGGUGAGGCUGGUGCAAGCGGGCAACAAGGUGGUGAACAAGGUGGUGCUGGCCCUCAGUGCGCUCUGCCUGGAGGUGACACAGCUGGUGGAUGAGGCACGCACCCACCUCUACCCGCCCCUCUUGCUCUAUGGCAGUGGAGUGGACGCGGACGGCGAGAAAACAGGUGAGUCGCAGGUGAGCCUCUCGCGGGUGCUGCCCACGCUGCACCGCGCCGCCUGCUACGUGCAUCGCGUCCUGAGGGUGGUGCGGAACAUCAUGCACCAGAUGACCGCACUCUACCACCCAGAGAAGAAGAAGAGAAGCGGGACCGUCGAUGUGUCUGAUGUGCACUUCCAGGUUAUGUACGAGCACCUUGGGUCACUGAUGGGCACACUUAUCACCCUGGACGAGGUGGUGCUGAGUAACGCGGUGCUACAUGAACACUGGGGGGCGUACCGGCGGCUGGUACGCUCGGCCGGGUCGGACCAGCUCAGGUUUGGGCAGGACAAGGCAACGCUGCAGCCCCUGGAGAAGCUGCUGGCCGAUGUGGAGGCAACGGUCAUGCAGGGAACAAUGUUUGCGUCAGUGGUGCGACAACCCUACGAUGUGGACGGCCUGGUGGUGACGCGGAACGGCCUGCUGCGGGAGGAAAUGAUGACGGUGAUCCUGGGGUGGUGCGGACAGCUGGAACAGAGCAGCAGCGACGGGUGGUGGUGCGACAACCAGCCUCAGGUGGUGGGGGUCACAGCCCUGGCAGCGUUCCACCAAGUGAUCUUUGACACCCAGGAGAAGAGGCUGGCCAGGACCUUGGGGAACCUCUUCAGAAAGUUCCCGUGCGUCACGCUGGUCGGCUCGGUGGUGUGGAUGGCCGAGCGUCACAUCCCGUCUGUGGCGCCAACCCUCGGGCAAUUCUUUGACCGCAAGACACAGGACGCUCUGCUCACCUUCCGAACCAACUACCUGUCCCAGAAGACCCAGACCAUUGCCAAGGAAGCCAAAACCGUCAAUUUGCAGGUGUGUGGCUGGGCGGUCAACCUGGACGCUGCUUCCCGGAAACACUCCAGUCACAUGAACAACCAGGACCUCAACCAGCGAGCGUCCCUACUCCUCCAGGGCCUGAUCUUGGCACACAGCGUGAAGUACAGCGUGGAGACGGUGCUCAACCUACACACCGCGCUGGGUCGGCCCAUGGGCAAGGCAUGUGCCCUCAGCGUGUGUCACCUGGUGGAGUCCCUCAAGGCCAUCGAGCACACCUACCACCGCCACGGCUCCCUCCUGGCAGACUCCAUCCCACAUGUGAUCCAGUACCUCACCUACCAAGUGCUCUCCAUCGUGGCCACUACCAAGAAUCGUGUGUCCAGCGCUCGCUUGGACGCCCAGCGGCUGGACAUCCUGAUGGCCCUCAACCUGGUGGAGCAGAUGCUGUCCGGCCCUGGCACCAAGGAGCGGCGGCUGGUGAUGCGUGUGGCACUGUCCCUCGCCAACCAGGCCAAGGCACUGAGGGACGAAGAUAUCUCCUCGCUGCUGGUGGGUUUGCGCAGGCUGGAUCUGGCGUGUGAGCUGCAGGCCAGGGUGAGGAAGGCCACCAGCUGCUGCAUCCUGUACCAUCACACCGUCAUCCUGCCAACCUACCUCACGAACUACCAACACACUCUUGAAAAUGUCCACCGUAUCCACUUCAUGCUGGCCGCCAUACAGGACUGCGCCACCUUGCUGGAGGGAUGCUGCCACCUGGCCCGCCCCGAGGAACUUGUCGCUCGGUUUAGGAAGGAAGUGUAUGGUUACAUCAAGGAACUGGUGCUGGACAAAGCGUGUCAGGAGGUUGAGACUGAGCUACGGAUCAGCACACACAGCCACCUUCAGCUGGACAGUCGCAACCCCUUCCAGAGCCCCCUUAGGGACCUGUCUCCCCUGCUGGCCCUGGAGCCCUUCUGCCUCCUGUCAACUACCCUCAUAUCAGCAAAAGACUACGUGGAGCAGUACCUGGAGCGGACCUUCUACGCCCUGACCGUGGUGGCGCCGCAUGACUGGAGGACCUACGAGGAGAUGCGCAACCUCGCUGCCUCAAAGUACAACCUGUUCACAGUGCCUUCACACCUGCCCUCCCACACCCUUGACCAGGGCGUGGACGUGCUGGAGAUCAUGCGUAAUAUCCAUGUGUUUGUGCGGCACUACCUCUACAACCUCAACCAGCAGUUCUUCAUCGAGGCGGCCAGCAACAACAAGCACCUCAACACCGUCACCAUCAAGCACAUCGCCAACUCCAUUCGGACGCACGGCGCCGGGAUAAUAAACACAACGGUGAACUUCACUUACCAGUUUCUGCGGCGCAAGUUCCAGGUGUUCUCCCAGUUCCUGUACGACGAGCAGAUCAAGUCUCGCCUCCUGAAGGACCGACAGCUGUGGAGGGAGGCCAAGGCGACCCAGGAGUACUUCCCCUACGAGAGCGCUGAGAAGUUCAACCGAAACAUCAGGAAGCUUGGCGUCUCCCCCGAGGGACUCUCCUUCCUGGACCAGUUCAGAGGACUCAUGUCACACAUCGGCAAUGCCAUGGGGUUCGUGCGUCUGGUUCGGUCUGGCGGGCUACACUGCUCCAGCAACGCCGCGCGCUUCAUCCCCGACCUGGAGGACGUGCCCAGCCUGGAGGAGCUGUGUCGGGAGGCCCACACGUCCCCGCAGACCCUGGCGGCCGCAGAGAACCUGGACGCUGUCAUCAACAACAAAAGAUUAAUAGAAUAUUCAUGGAUUUAUUUCCCGGUCACGGUGCAGAAGUCGGGCAUAUUUUCUUUUUUCUAGCCUCACAUAACUGUCCAUGGAAAUCCCAGAAACUUCUACGAGAGGCUUUUCAAGCCUGAGGCGCCGAUACGUUAAGAUUACUACGGCCUGGAGUGCCAGGUGGCGGUGCUCGACCCUCUGUGUGUGUGUGUUGGCGAGGGAAGUGUUCUGCUGGUGUGUGGGCGGCUGUGCUUCCCGCCCGCCCCAGCCAGCACACGCCCAUGGGACCGGUUCCUUAUCCAAGAAGUAGAAAAAGCACACAGUGAAGGCCGCCCGCACACAAGGCAGACAGAAAGAUAAGCAGCCAGGCAUUGUGGCAGGCAUACAGGUAGCUAGGCGGAUUCGAACGCUGGUCCCCGACUGUGUGACCUCGAGAAGGAUGGAGUCCAGGACGCCGCGCUGAGGCCCACGCUGCUGCAGGUGGCGAGCAUCCUGCUGUCGUCGCUGGCCACGCUGCAGUUCGGCAUAAGCUACUCCUGGCCCAACUCCCUCGCCGGCGACCUCCGCACCGACAACUCCACGCUCCUCGGCCACCAGAUCUCCGUCACCUCCGUCGGCCGCGACCUCGUCGGUGAGUCCCUGCGGCCUCGCGCCCACUAACACUCGAUGGCACUAACCUCCCGCAGCAUGCAUGGCCUUCGAAGGGCACUGUUCGACGGCUCUCCCUGGCACGCCCUGCCAGCCCGGCCACUCUUCGCAGACGCCCCCAGUCAGGUGUUGGUGGCGGAUUUGGCACAUUUUUUUCCAGUUUCCUCGCUCCGUGGCGUCACCUUCAUCAUCCAGCAUCGGUUUUCAGCGCGGGGCUCUCUGGACUCCUCUCAGCAACACGAACAUUUUUUCCCUGCAUGCCGGUGGGUUGCUCUGCUGUUUGCUCAGACUCCCAGGAAGCGCUGCCUUCCUGGAGGAUCAGCGCGGCACCCGCACAGUAAUCCUUGACGUUACAGCUGGAUGGUCCGGCCAAAACAAGGAGGCGUCCGAUGAACUUUUGCUGUGUCCCUCCCUGGCCACGCCUCUGGUCCUGGGCGAGGAGGCCGACGAGGCGGCGCGGGCAUGGCUGGAGCCGCCGCUGCUUAUGCCCCAUCACAUCCCCGCGUCUUGCAGGGGCCUGUAGGCUGUGCACCCCCACCCCCCUGCGGUCCACUUCUAACAGGCGUGGCGACACAGGAGGCAGGACCUGACUCCCACGACCAAGAUGAGGGAGGUCAUAGCCAGGGGUGGGCGGUGCUCCUGCAUCAGGGGUCACGGGGGGGAGAUAGUUCCGCACCCGCGGCCCCUUCACGCAGGGCUUCCUCGUGUCCCGGGGAGUCCCGCCACACCGUGGUGACCGAUUGGUCCCUCUGACUGUUCAGCACUUACGGGUAGAGUGCCCCAGUCCAGGGGACCUGCGAAACGGUGCCCCUCCCGGUGCAGGGGCACACUUUCUCUCCCCCCUGGUGCUGGGGUAAGAGGCGCCCUCCCCGGGACAUGCAAGAACCCAUGCCUGCAAGAGGUUGGCGUCUGUUAACCCACAAAAAACGAUCCUCCCGGAAACAGAAGACGCCAAGCCGUGCACACGCCUGGUGGCCUCCUUCCCCUAAUGCCAUGCACCGUGUUUAUGUG